AUUUUAUUCCUGUGAAUUUCAUCAGAAGGACAUGAUGUGGACGGGCAAUACAAAGUCAUUUUUCUUGGUGACUUUAAUCAUUCUCCAAUACUUCGCUUGUGAGUCUCAAGCAAGUAUUAGUCUCGGAACUUGUCAUCUUUUGUGUAAUGAGGAAGAAGCUUGUAAGGAAGGGCCUCCUGGACCACCUGGCGAGCGCGGCCCAGAAGGACCUCGCGGAAUGAUGGGACCAGCAGGGCCACCUAGUACUUGCUGCGAAGAUUUAGUUGAGCGAUACGAACAGCUUGAACACCAAGUUCAAGAGUUGGAUGAAUGGAUGUUUGCACGUGACUGUGCAGCGGUAAAAACUCACGUGAUAUCAAGUGGAACUUACGUGAUUCAUCCGUUCAAUGAAAGUAAACAAGGAGUUCAAGUGUAUUGUGAUCAAGUAACCGAUGGUGGUGGAUGGAUUGUAAUACAAAGAAGACUUGACGGAACUGAAGAUUUUUAUCGUGACUGGAAUGACUAUGUCACCGGUUUCGGCUACAUAGAACGAGAAUUCUGGCUAGGACUGGAAACGAUGCAUAGAAUAUCUAUCAAUGGUCCUCAUGAGAUUCGAUUCGAUUUUAUCACAAGAGACAACGAAAAAUUAUUUGCAAAAUACGGACAAUUUCAAAUUGCUGGAGCAGAGGACAAUUAUCGAAUAACGAUUACCGGAUAUUCAGGAAAUGCAGGCGAUUCAAUGGCGCACCAUAACAAUAACCAAUUUACGACGAAGGAUCAAGAAAACGACCAGGACCCAGGAAAAAAUUGCGCUGAAUCGUACAUAGGGGGUUGGUGGUACAACUAUUGUCACCACGCUAACUUGAAUGGUUUAUACACAGGUACAUCGACCGAGGGUUUAUCCUGGUUUAAGUGGAAAAAUACAUACACUCCAUUUGCCAAAUUUGUGGAAAUUAAGAUCAGGAAAUCAGCCGUGCCAGAUCUUUAAUAGUAUAGAAGUGAAAUAGUUUAUAACAUCUACGUACAAUACAAGGGUGGCAUAAAGUCGCACAUCAAGGUAAAUCUCAAAGAUACAAAACCCCUGAAAUUAUUCGAUCCUGAGACACAGUCUUCUCUGAUUCAUCAUGAUAACAAUCUAAAAUUAGAAUGAGUCGCCCAUUGACGUACACGUUUUGACGUAGAUUGUGAGUUUAACUCUGAUGCGCGACUUUAUGGCCACCCCUGUAUUGUAACGUACAGUCAAAUAAAUACUUUCUCAUUAGUCCAUUGAAAUUUCAAGUUUUGCCUGAUACAUGUUUUUAUGUGUGUCAAGAUUAUCAUGUUUGCCUAUCGUGAAAUAUCAGACUAAUAGUACUUGCCGUAAUAAUCUAUCUUGCCGUAAUAAUAAUCUUUAAAAUUGCAUUGUGUCGUGUCUUUUCACCUAAAAUAUAUAUCAACUUUGAUCACAUUAUUUUUUUUUCAAUAAUGGAGGACGAAUAGAUGAGAUUCACAUCAA